ACAUUUAAUUUAUUUUUCAGAACAUUUAUUACGAACACCCAGAGAUAACAAUUCUCCUGCACCCGUUAUAACUUCACCUUCCUCUCCCCGUCCACAUUCAGCUAUGCGGUCAAAAAUGCGAACAUUUUAUUUUAUUUUUAUGACUACUGUUUUUACUGCUUUAACUCUCCUUCCUUAUCGUUUUGCGGGGUUACAGAGGUCAUUAAAUCCCCAACGUACAAACGAGUGUAUGACCAUAUUUCUUUACUGGCUAAUGAUGUAUUUGGUCUAUUUAAAUUCGGUAGGAGAUAAAAAUUUAAUGAGAGUGCUCUUUUAA